GACGGAGGUAGAAGCGAACUGUCAAUGUUCCGAGCUCCAGGCUAAAUUUAACAGGUCCUUUAGGAUGCUACUGGUCAUGGUCAGCACUGAAUCACAGUGUUAUUGAAAGUCAAGUGCUUUCUCCUGUAAGUUAAUUUAGGAAUUAUUUCAUAUUCAAGAAUGGAGGACGAACUGAAAUGCCCAUCUUGCACCAGCUUGUAUUGUCAACCCCUUCUUCUCCCGUGCGCUCAUUCAUUGUGUAUGGCUUGUGCUUCAAAACUACAGGAGCCUGCUCACUCACCGGAAGAUGGCUCAACUUCACAAACAAUUAACGAAUUGGACUAUCCUGAAAUCGACAAGCUUAGUAUUUUGAGUGAAACAGACAGUGGUGUUGUGUGCAACAGUCGGCCUAACAGCUAUGUGGGCACACCUAGCAUCGGCAACCUUUACCUGCAGUCGAUCCAGGGAAGUGUCUAUGGCUUGAAAUGCCCUGUGUGUAAAAGACCUGUGUUCAUGGACGAAAAUGGCAUCAAAUCACUCCCACAAAAUAAAGUGCUUGAAAACAUUGUUCAUAAAUAUGCCGAAAACAAACCAGUGACAAUUAAAUGUCAGCUGUGUGAGGAAGGUAGCAAUGAGGCAACUGUUAUGUGUGAGCAGUGUGAGGUGUUUUAUUGCGACACUUGCCGUGACAGUUGUCACCCGUCACGUGGACCGCUUGUAAAACACAACCUGGUGGAUCCCACACAAGGGAAAGCAUUGUUACGAGUCAAAAACAAAGGAAAAGAAGCACGCUGCAGGGAACAUGCAGACGAACAGCUUAGCAUGUUCUGUGUCAUGUGUCGUAUACCUGUAUGUUACCUGUGUGCGCAAGAAGGUCUACAUAUCAACCAUGACGUACAGGCUCUGGGAGCAAUGUCUAAAUCACAAAAGGCAGAACUUUCUCGGAAUCUUCAGUCCUUAUCAGAAAAGGCUAGAGCUGGCACAGAGUUCAUCCAUCAGCUGAAGGGAAUGGUGGACAGGGUAGAGGAUAACUGUGGAGAGUUUCAGUCGGGUAUUGUGGCACAGUGCGACAGUUUGAUAGAGGCCAUCAAGCAGCGCAAACAGGAGUUAAUCGAAAGUAUCGCAGAGGAAAAGGAAGUGAAGUUGCGGACGCUAAAGGAGCAGGUUCAAGACUGCACAACACUCCUACAGCGCACAACAGGACUCCUACAGUUCAGUAUUGAGGUCCUGAAGGAGAGCGAUGCCAUGUCCUAUCUGCAGGUGUCAAAUGCCCUGGUGAAUCGUGUGGCCAGUGUGGACCAGAACUUCAAUAAGGACAUGGAGUUAGCCCCAAGAGUGUCACCAGAGUUUGAACUUACCCUAGAUAGCACUGCCAUUCUCCAUGCCAUAGAGACUCUCAACUUCUUUCAAAUGAAAGAUGGUAUAAUUGCUCCCGGUCAGCCAAUGAUAUUGCCUGAAGAAUGUAGUGCUGAAAACAAUAGUGUCACCAUUGCUUGGCAACCGUAUCCAGGAAGUGUAGUCGAAGCUUUUACCUUAGAACUGGAUGAUGGAAAUGGUGGAGACUUCAGAGUGGUCUAUGUUGGCAGAGAAGUGAUAUGCACAGUGGAUGGACUUCAUUUUAACAGUAUUUACAAUGCACGUGUGAAGGCCCACAACCAUGCAGGCGAAGGUCCAUAUAGUGAUAUGUUGAGCUUACAAACCGCUGAAGUGGCAUGGUUCACCUUUGACCCAUUGGCAGCCCACUCUGAUCUCAUUUUCUCCAACGACAACCAGACUGUCACGUGCAACAGUUAUGAACCCCGAGUGGUUCUGGGUGGGGUUGGCUUCUCUAAAGGUGUCCAUUACUGGGAGGUAUCAAUUGAUCGCUAUGACAACCAUGCAGACCCCGCCUUUGGAAUAGCCCGCUUUGAUGUAACAAAGAACAUUCUUUUAGGAAAGGAUGAUAAGGCGUGGAGUAUGUAUGUGGACUACCAACGCAGUUGGUUCAUUCACAGAGACGAACACAGCAAUCGCACUGAUGGUGGAAUCACACAGGGAAGCAUUGUGGGUAUUCUGCUCGAUCUCAACCGAAAUCGCCUCAGUUACUUCAUCAACGAAGAACCCCACGGACCAAUCGCGUUCACCAAUUUACAUGGGGUGUUUUUCCCAGCUAUUAGUAUAAAUCGUAAUGUGCAGGUCACACUAAGAACAGGACUUGAACCACCUAUGGAAAGUGAAUCAGACGAGGAUUCCUAAGGGUUGCUAUGAUGAUUGGAAGUGAAUGGGGUAAUGGCUUACAGAACAACACAUACAUACACAUAUAUGUGCCUGCUCAGCAUUAUUACUGUGAAUCAUCAUAACAACAGAAAGAUUCCAGAUGGUAAUUUUAAAAACAUGAUCAAAAGUUGACAUUUUUUGAACAAGUCAGUGUUUAUUGCUUCACUCUUAGUUUCACUUUCAGUACACAUCUAGUUCACACAUGGAGUUUAUGGAUCUGACAUAUUUCUGUUUUUCAGCACACAGGUGUUACAUCUAACAGGUGUAUUAUGUUAAACCGUAUACAUUACCUGUUUGAAUCCUUCUGAGUAUUAAACCUGAGUGAAGACUGGCAUUUGAAUUGACAACCAUUAUUUAUGUUUUUUUUUUUCAUCAGCACAUAUAUUUAUGUCCAUUUUUCUUUACAAUCAGCAUCUUUGUGGAAGUUUUUUACCUACAUAUAUUUAUGGUGGUUUUUACCAGUAUAUUUAUGGGGGUUUUUACCAGUAUAUUUAUGGUGUUGAUGUCUCCCGUUACAUUGUAGAUUGUAACCAGUUUAUUGCAAUGUUUACCAGUACACGUAUUGAUGCUUGUGUUGGCUGCGCUACUAGUAAAUGAUGAGGUGUAAUUUACAGUCCAUGAUCAAAGGCUUUCUGCUGAGGACAUCCAUACACUGCAGUUAGCAACAAGAAAACAAGUGUCAACUGGUGGGUGGUUUAACAUGUAUUGUAUUUAAUGCUUGACUUUGUGUUAUAUAACACAUAUUAAAUACAAUAAGACCAGAAUAUCUGGGGCCAAAUUUUGUCAGUGACCUUCUGUAUUACCAAGGUCAACUGUAUCAAGCUGUUUGUGUGAUAAUCUUCAGAAGAUCAGCACUGUUGUCCUGCACACGUACACCCC